AUGCCCACCAUCUCCGUCGACAAGGCCGCGCUCUUCCAGGCGCUCGGAAGGGAGUAUACGACCGAGGAGUUCGAUGAGCUGUGUUUCGAGUUUGGCAUCGAGCUCGACGAAGACACAACGAAUUCGGACAGACCUAUCGUCGAUGGAAAACAGGAGCCUCCUCAGCUCAAGAUCGAAAUCCCCGCCAACCGGUAUGACAUGCUGUGUUUCGAGGGCAUUGCCCUCAUGUUGAACAUUUUCCUGGGCCGGAGACCCCUCCCCAACUACCGACUGGUCGAGCCCGCGAACGGACAGCUUGAGAAGAUUAUUGUUAAGGAGGAUACCAUGAAAAUCAGACCCCUCGUGUCUGGCGCUAUCCUGCGCAACGUGAAGUUCGACCAGGCUCGCUACGAGUCCUUCAUCGCCCUGCAAGACAAGCUUCAUCAGAACCUUGCUAGACAGCGUACACUUGUUUCCAUUGGUACUCAUGACCUGGACACGAUAAAAGGACCCUUCACCUAUGAAGCGUUGCCUCCGAAAGAUAUCAAGUUCACCCCGCUGAACCAGACGAAAGAAAUGAAUGGGGAGGAACUGAUGAACUUCUAUGAGAAAGACAAGCAUCUCGGCAAGUAUCUUCAUAUCAUUCGGGACUCUCCCGUCUACCCCGUCAUUUACGAUGCCAACCGGGUUGUCUGCUCUCUUCCGCCUAUCAUCAACGGAAACCACUCCAAGAUCACGCUUGAUACCAAGAACGUCUUCAUUGAAAUCACGGCCCUCGACAAGACCAAGGUGGAGAUUGUCAACAGAAUGAUGGUCGCCAUGUUCUCUGAAUACUGCUCCGAGCCUUUCACCAUCGAGCCCGUCCAGAUUGUUUCGGAUCACAAUAACGAAACCCGGGUCGUUCCCGAUAUGUCUCCGCGCACCACUCAAGCCGAAAUCUCUUACCUCAAUCAAUGCUGUGGCCUCGAUCUCUCCGCCACUCAGAUCUGCGACCUGCUGAAGAAGAUGGCAUACAAUGCCAAGCCCUCCGCCUCCUCUCCUGAUCUCAUCGACGUGGACAUCCCUCCGACCCGCGCCGACGUGCUUCAUCAGGCUGAUAUCAUGGAGGACGUCGCCAUUGCCUACGGCUUCAACAACCUCCCGAGGUCCUUCCCCAGCAAGUCUGGUACCAUUGCCCAGCCCCUCCCGAUCAACAAACUGUCGGACAUCGUCCGCAUGGAGGCUGCCAUGGCAGGCUGGUCCGAGGUCCUUCCUUUGAUUCUGUGCUCUCACGAUGAGAACUUUGGCUGGCUUAACCGCAAGGAUGACGGCAACACCGCCGUCAAGCUAUCCAACCCCAAGACCCUGGAAUUCCAGGUCGUCCGCACGAGUCUCCUUCCCGGUCUUCUCAAGACCAUCCGCGAGAACAAGCACCACACAGUGCCUAUGAAGAUCUUUGAGGUCAGUGACGUUGCUUUCAAGGACCUGUCUCUGGAACGCAAGAGUCGGAACGAGCGGCACUUCGCCGCCGCGUGGUACGGCAAGACCAGCGGUUUUGAGGUCGUCCACGGUCUCUUGGACCGUACCAUGGCCAUGCUCAAGAGUGCCUUCAUCACCACCGAGGAGGGUCUGGAGAACCCCGCUGUGGGUGAAUCGCACUAUUGGAUUGAGGAGCUGGAUGACGCUACCUAUUUCCCCGGUCACGCUGCCUCCGUCCAUCUCCGCAUCGGAGGGAAGGACCACGUCAUCGGCUCUUUCGGUAUCCUGCACCCUACAGUGUUGGAGAACUACGAACUGAAGUACCCCGUCAGCACGCUAGAGAUCAACAUCGAAGCCUUCCUGUGA